AUGGGAGGGAACAAGAAAAAUGACCCAACUUCAAAUUCUAGCAAGCACCAUCACAAAUGGGUCGGACCUUCCGGCCACCUUCUCAUCACCGUCGACGCCAAUGGACUCGGUGACUUCCGGACAGUUCAAGCUGCUGUUGAUUCCAUCCCCAACAGCAACACGAAGAAUGUGUUAAUUCAUAUCAGUGCUGGUUACUACAUCGAAAAGGUGGUGGUUCCGGCAUCGAAACCGUACAUAACUUUUGAAGGUGAAGGGAGGGAUGUGAGUGUGAUUGAAUGGCAUGAUAGGGCAUGUGACAAGGGACCAGAUGGGCAGCAGCUGCGUACUUAUCAUACAGCUUCUGUCACUGUAUUUGCUAGUUACUUCACAGCCAGAAAUAUUAGCUUCAAGAAUACUGCACCAGCGCCGAUGCCGGGAAUGGAAGGAUGGCAAGCGGUAGCCUUUCGAAUAUCAGGUGACAAGGCUUACUUCUCAGGUUGUGGAUUCUAUGGUGCACAAGACACAUUAUGCGAUGAUGCUGGCCGCCAUUACUUCAAGGAGUGUUAUAUUGAGGGUUCUAUAGACUUCAUUUUCGGCAAUGGACGGUCUAUUUACAAAGAUUGUGAAAUACACUCAAUAGCAACUAGAUUUGGGUCGAUAGCAGCCCAAGACAGAAAGUCAGUGGAUGAGAAGACUGGAUUUGCAUUUAUUCACUGCAGGGUUACGGGUACUGGACAACUUUAUGUGGGCCGGGCCAUGGGUCAGUACUCAAGGAUUGUUUACUCCUAUACCUAUUUUGAAGAUAUUGUAGCCCAUGGUGGAUGGGAUGACUGGGACCACGUCAGCAACAAGAACAAGACGGUGUUUUUCGGGGUGUAUAAAUGCUCGGGUCCAGGAGCAGCAGCAGUCCGUGGGGUAUCAUGGGCAAGAGAGCUUGAUUAUCCAACUGCUCAUCCAUUUCUAGCCAAGAGUUUUGUGAAUGGGAGACAUUGGAUUGCACCCUCAGAUGCUUAG